AUGGUUGCCACCGUUCUGCCUCCCGCAGGCAUUGCCCUCCAUGGGGCUCCGGACAGCGACAUCGGGUCCAGAGACGCCAGACACGCACCCAUCCAGGCCAUGCAGCUCGAGAUGACGCAAGAUAUGGUCUCCGAGCUGCUAGACAGCGUCAGGAGCGGGAAAGCCCCACAGCUGUUCUUUGGGCGAACUCCUCUCCGCUGUACCUCCGACAUUGUCGUGCUUCUUGAGGAAGGAACGCUGGCUGACGGCCCACCACAGCAACUCAAGUACGGCGACAAUAAAACACAUGUGCUGCAGACUACUCCGGAGAGCCAUAGAUAUGAAUUGUACGAGACCAGCAGUGCUGGCGGCGAUGACGACCUCACUUUCACGGGGUUGAUCAACCACAGCUUGGCUGUGCAGAAAGCGGAGGCCGUGACGGCUGGCGUAGACACGGCGCUGGAGCAGCUGAAGAAUAGCAUGGCUGCGAUUUCCGAGUUCAAGGAAGCGAACAAGACUAUCGUCGGUAACGCAGGAACACCCAUAGGCACGCCACACCAUCGUCGCUUCCCUUCCAAGUCGCUGAAACCCAGCCAUCUCGCCCCACAUGCCGGUUCACCGCUGCUGUCUGUGCCUUCCUCACCUGGCCUGUCGAAGAAGCCGCGUCUUGACCAGCCCCCGACUUCACAGCCCGACAGCAACCAACAGGCCAUUCUUCGUGCGCUCCGAGUUCCCGUGAUACACUUGCUUGCUAAGCGACCAUGGACGGAGAAAGGUCUUUCAGAGGAAUGUCGGUCCUCGCUCACCAACAUGCGGGCAUUGCUGCCCAAAAUCGGAAAGCAUGGUGACGGUCCCGAAAAAUGGGUGUUGAGUGACAAGGCAUAUCGGGAGCUGGACCCAUGGACGUUUCCUUGGAAAGACCUGGACGACCGGGUGCAGGCCAUCAAGAACGCUAUUCGAGCUUUUGAUCGCCUUCGACUCCCCAAGGAUGACCCACUCUGGCAAAUCUUACUCCCACAAGAGGAGCGUGGCCAGGGAAAAUGUUUAUCACGACUCAAUGUCCAAGCACCAGCACAGAAAGCUGCGACACCUUUGCACAAGAUCUCGAAACUCACCGAGAAGAAAAUAACUACGAGUAAGAAAACAGAAGAGAAGGAAGUGAAGGACGGCAAGAAAGUGAAGGAGAUGAAGGAACCAAAGGAACCAAAGCAGCCGAAGGAGCCAAGGCAACCAAAGGAACCGAAGCAACCGAAGCCGAAGAAGCCAGUUAGAGAUGAAGCUAAGGUUGCAAAGGCGGUGGGUACUCCCAUUGUCAAGCCAACGACAGCGAAGAACAAUUCCCAGACCGACCCGGCGAAAGCCAACAAAAAAGUCGUCGAUGGAUCCACACCUCGUGUCAAGCCAAAGGCAUCUGGACGAGAUGCCUAUCCUAAGGAACGUGUUCCGAGACAGAGCAGGCCCGCUGUGCCAGUCAACACCAAACCUAAGAAUCCCUCUCCGCUUUCCGCUUCGCCACCAGUGAAUGCAAGCGACUUCGAAGACAGCCAUCCCGUUCAUAAAGCCCUGUCAGCUGCUCCGUCCCCCGCCAAGACGUCCGGCAGCUCCGAUCGCCCCCUCAAGCGCAAGGCGAAUGAUGUUGACGGUGAUAGUCACAGCCACAAGCUCUCCGCCAAGCAACCUCGAGUUGACCGCUCUACGCCUAAUCAUACUCCAGUCAGUGUGAGUGGCCGGGCUAAUGGCAGUAUGCCAUCCUCCGGCAGCUCACUCAAACGGAAACUGGACGAUUCAUCAACUGCCAACACUCCAACGAACAAAGGCCGCAGGGUCACAAAUAUCGACAUUGGCCUCGCCUCACGCUAUCCUAGCCAUCACCACAGCAACACCUCGCCUGGCGACUCCUCGUCCGCUACCACCUCCCCGUCCAUGCCAAGCUUGAGUUUCCGCCAGACCGUGGAAUUGAGCCAAAAGUUUCAGAAAUACUAUAAGAAGUAUGAGGAGUUGUACUGGCAGUUAACCGAGGCGGAGACGCCACCAACGGAUGCACAGAGGGAUGAUCUGAUGAAAAUGCACAAGAAGCUCGAGGAAAUGAAGCGCGAAAUCAAGGCUGGUGCUGGAGUCAAACACUGAUAAAAUGAAGGUGCAAUGGAAGGUGCGAUUGGAGGUCGAAACGAGAAUGGGAAGACAACGGCAGUUUGCAUACACAAAAUUUUGGGGGUAAUUUUCCUCUCUCUUCGGAGGUUUUCUGGACAGUGAUGGACUUUGAGUAUCCAGGUUUCUUUGAGACUUAGUCUAAUCACAGCCUAUGCAUUCCAGGUGUUGGUCUUGUCUAGUUGUUCCUUUUCCAAUCCUUAUACCAAAAGGUGCGAAGUCACCAUGUGCCCAGCAUGUCGCUGCUAGUAUCACGCACAUUCAACGAAUUACGCAUAAUGGAUACAUGCUACGAGAGAAAGUUAAAUCGGUGGUCGAUGAAUCUAUGGUGAUUAGAUUGUACAUUACAUAAU